UUUUGCCGAAUUUUCGAAUUGUACCAAUUACGAUAUUACGAUGAACUUGCACACUCUUAAGUUGCCUUGAAGUUGCUCUUCCGUUUCUUGUCAACUAGUCUGUGUGCAAAGAUUGAUACCUUGCUACUUAUCUGAUGAGUUUGGGCGUCUUGCUCUUAUUCGUACGCGGACUUGUGCAAGGACGUCGGAUCUCUCGCCUUACGUCAUUGGCUCUUUUUGAGCUCAUUCGACUCAACUACCCUUUCCCCAUAUUCCAAUGGUCUUUAUAUGGAGGUGUGGUUUGGCUAUUUCGAUACAGACGAUCUUCCAUAGACGAUCUUCUAAGCCUCACGUCGUUAUUAUCCCCCCUAACCCAGUGAUUGUGAAGCCUGAUUGGUUGAGGGUCUGUUGAGGACC